AUGCGAGGAACAAGGGCAGGAGAUUGCGGAGUUGCUGGAACUUGGGGCUUCAAAGUUGCUAGAACCAAGGGUUUUGGAACCAGGGGAUUCGAAGCUACUAGAACCAGGGGGUUCGGAGUUGCUGGAACUGGGAGGUUCAGAGCUGCUAGAACAGGGGCAGGCGGUGGUGACUGUAGCAGCUGGAAAGGUGUGCACCAGGGAGGUGCCGUGAGGUUGAAAGAAAAUGACGCUCUUAAAGCCUCUUCGACCACCAUAAAGCUAAAUCCUAAAUCUGGCAACCUUCUAUCCAAAUCAGUUAACCUUGAGGCCUUUUCUACUCACCAUCAUGGAAAUUCUGACAAUUUUCAAGGGAAAAAGUGCAAACUACUUCAUUGGACAGGAAUUGGAUAA